AAGCACGCAAGAGGGCUUGGCAUCCCCUCUCCUUCCUGGGACAAGGUGGCACCCAGAGGAAUUGAUAAAAGGGGGACACCCAAGAGGGGUCACCGUUUACCCUCCCUGCGCCACAGAGCACCUGCAGCAGCUUCAGACACUCGAGACCCACCCGGGUCUGUCUUGUUGGCCUUAGAGAAGACCAGGCCCAAAGGAAUCAAAAUGGGGAAGGCGGACAAGUACGAUAUGUACUCGGUGGAAAUGGAGAAACAUCCUGGUGGGGAAAUGGAUGUGAAGAUCAAGAAGAAGAAGAAAGGGGAAAAGAAGAAAGAGAAGUUGGAAAGUAUGAAGAAAGAGAUGGAUGUGGACGAUCACCAGUUGUCCAUAGAAGACCUGGAGCUCAAGCAUCGGACCAGCGUCUCCAAGGGCCUGACCAGUACUGUGGCAGGAGAGAUCCUUCUUCGUGAUGGCCCCAACGAGCUGAAGCCCCCCAAGGGCACUCCUGAGUAUGUGAAGUUUGCCCGGCAGCUGGCCGGGGGGCUGCAGUGCCUCAUGUGGGUGGCAGCAGCCAUCUGCCUCAUUGCCUUUGGCAUCCAGCUUGGGCAAGGUGACCUCACCAGUGCAGACAAUCUAUACUUGGCUAUUGCUCUCAUUGCUGUGGUGGUCGUGACCGGCUGCUUCGGCUACUACCAGGAAUUCAAAAGCACCAACAUCAUUGCGAGCUUCAAGAAUCUAGUGCCGCAGCAAGCCACAGUGAUUCGAGAUGGCGACAAGUUCCAGAUCAACGCCAAUCAGCUGGUGGUGGGCGACCUGGUGGAGAUCAAAGGGGGAGACCGAGUCCCAGCAGACAUCAGAAUUAUCACCUCGCAAGGCUGCAAGGUGGAUAAUUCAUCUCUGACUGGGGAAUCAGAGCCUCAGACAAGAGCCCCCGAGUGCACCCACGAGAGCCCCCUCGAAACUAGAAACAUUGCCUUCUUCUCUACCAUGUGCUUAGAAGGCACAGCCACAGGUAUCAUCAUUAACACUGGGGACCGUACCAUCAUUGGCCGCAUUGCCAGUCUGGCUUCGGGUGUGGAGAAUGAGAAGACGCCCAUCGCCAUCGAGAUAGAGCACUUUGUCGACAUCAUUGCCGGCCUAGCCAUCUUCUUUGGGGCCACCUUCUUUGUGGUCGCCAUGGUGAUUGGAUACCCUUUUCUUAAGGCCAUGGUCUUCUUCAUGGCCAUUGUGGUGGCAUACGUCCCCGAGGGCCUUCUGGCGACUGUCACCGUUUGUCUUUCCCUCACAGCCAAACGCCUGGCCCGAAAGAACUGUGUGGUGAAGAACUUGGAGGCCGUUGAGACACUGGGCUCAACUUCCGUCAUCUGCUCUGAUAAAACAGGGACUCUCACUCAGAACCGCAUGACUGUCUCCCAUCUUUGGUUUGACAACCAGAUCCAUACAGCGGACACCACAGAAGAUCAGUCAGGGCAAAGUUUUGAUCAGUCCUCUGAGACAUGGAGAGCUCUCUGCAAAGUAGUGAGCCUCUGCAACCGCGCCUUUUUCAAAUCAGGCCAGGAUAGCGUCCCUGUCCCAAAGCGGAUUGUCAUCGGAGAUGCCUCGGAGACAGCCCUGCUGAAGUUCUCCGAGAUCACCCUGGGCAACGUGAUGGAGUACCGGGAGCGCUACAAGAAAGCCUGCGAGAUCCCCUUCAACUCCACCAACAAGUUCCAGCUGUCCAUCCAUGAGCUCGACGACCCUCGAGACCAGCGCUACCUGAUGGUGAUGAAAGGAGCUCCUGAGCGCAUCCUGGAACGGUGUUCCACCAUCAUGAUCAAGGGUCAAGAGCUGCCCCUCGACGAACAGUGGAAGGAGGCUUUCCAAACAGCUUACAUGGACCUUGGCGGGUUGGGAGAGCGUGUACUGGGCUUCUGCCACCUGUACCUUCCCCAGAGCGAGUUCCCACGUGGCUACAACUUCGACAGCGACGAGAUGAACUUCCCCACUAGUGGACUCUGCUUUGCAGGCCUCAUCUCCAUGAUUGAUCCGCCCAGAGCCACCGUGCCUGAUGCCGUCAUGAAAUGCCGCACUGCUGGCAUCCGGGUGAUUAUGGUGACAGGAGACCAUCCCAUCACCGCAAAGGCCAUUGCUGCCAGUGUGGGAAUCAUCUCUGAGGGCAGCGAAACAGUCGAAGAUAUCGCCACCCGCCUGCGCAUUCCCGUCGAGCAGGUCAACAAGCGGGACGCCCGAGCCUGUGUGGUCAAUGGGGGCCAGCUGAAAGACAUGGAGACUGAGGAGUUGGUGGAGAUCCUCAAAAUGCACCCAGAGAUGGUCUUUGCUCGCACCUCCCCGCAACAGAAGCUCAUCAUUGUGGAAAGCUGUCAGAAAUUGGGUGCUAUUGUGGCAGUAACAGGAGAUGGGGUGAAUGAUUCCCCAGCACUGAAGAAAGCUGACAUCGGUGUGGCAAUGGGCAUUGCCGGAUCCGACGCAGCCAAGAACGCGGCUGACAUGAUCCUGCUGGAUGACAAUUUCGCCUCCAUCGUCACUGGCGUCGAGCAAGGGCGCCUGAUCUUUGACAAUCUCAAGAAAUCCAUCGCUUACACCCUAACCAAGAACAUCCCAGAGCUGACGCCCUACCUGAUCUACAUCACUGUCAGUGUCCCACUCCCCCUGGGUUGCAUCACCAUCCUUUUUAUCGAGCUGUGCACAGACAUUUUCCCCUCAGUCUCCCUGGCCUAUGAGAGGGCUGAGAGUGACAUCAUGCACCUGAAGCCACGCAACCCUCGGCGGGACCGUCUGGUCAACGAAGCGCUAGCGGUCUAUUCCUACUUCCAGAUUGGAGCCAUCCAGUCCUUUGCCGGCUUCACUGACUACUUCACUGCCAUGGCCCAGGAGGGCUGGUACCCGCUGAAAUGUGUGGGCCUUCGGGCAGCCUGGGAGAACGACCAUAUCCAAGAUGUUCAGGAUAGCUAUGGACAAGAGUGGACUUUUGGGCAGCGCCUGUACCAGGAGUACACCUGCUACACCGUCUUCUUCAUCAGCAUUGAGAUGUGCCAGAUCGCCGACGUACUCAUCCGCAAAACACGACGCCUUUCUGUCUUCCAGCAGGGAUUCUUCCGGAACAAAGUCUUGGUGAUAGCCAUCGUGUUCCAGCUCUGCCUGGGCUGCUUCCUCUGCUACUGCCCUGGGAUGCCCAACAUCUUCAACUUUAUGCCUAUAAGGUUCCAGUGGUGGCUGGUGCCGCUACCCUAUGGCCUUCUCAUCUUCGUCUAUGAUGAAAUCCGAAAGCUGGGAGUCCGGAGACACCCUGGAAGUUGGUGGGACAAAGAACUCUACUACUAAAGGCGAAGCUUUUUUUUUUUUUUUGACGGAGCUUUUUCCCUGCUUGUGCAACAGAGACAAGGAAAUCAAGGAUUUGCUUCUGUCAUCAACAACCGUACUGCUGAGCCAAGCCUGCCACAUUUCACACCACAGAAUCAUAGAACCGUAAGGUUGGAAGGGAUCCUGAGGGUCAUCCAGUCCAACCCUCUGCGGUACAAGAAUCUCAGCUAAAGAAUUCCUGACAAAUGGCCACCCAACCUCUGUUAAAAAGCCUCCAAGGAGAGCUCACCACUUUCCGAGGUAGAGCCUCCUAGGAGAGCUCACCACUUUCCGAGGUAGUCUGUUCCACUGUUGAUCAGCUCUUACUGGUAGAAAGUUCUUCCUAAUUUUUAGUCAGAAUCUCCUUUCUUGUCAUUUGAAUACAUUGGUUCAGGCCCUGCUUUCUGGAGCAGCAGCAAACAAUCUUGCUCCAUAUUCCAUGUGACAGCCCUUGAGAUAUUUGAAAGUGGCUGCCGUAUCUCCUCUUAGUCUUCUCUUUUCCAGCCUAAACAUACACAACUCCCUCAACCAUUCAUCAUAAGGCUUGGUUUCCAGACCCUUGAUCAUCUUGUUUGCCCUCCUCCACACACAUUCCAGCUUGUCAAUAUUCUUCUUAGAUUGUGGUGCUUAGAAUUGGACACAGUAUUCCAGGUGUGGUCUGACCAAGGCAGAAUAGAGUGGUACUAUUACUUCACUUGAUCUUGACACUAUACUUCUGUUGAUGCAAACAACACCUUUAAGAUAAAACUUAAACUUCAGGCUACCACAGUUCCCACUCAGCUACUUUGGGGAAAGAUAGCUAGCCCUUCGUCGAGAAAUGAUUUAAGAGUGCUGAUGUGCAGAGUGGAGGGAAACUAUAUAUGUAUGAUUGCAGGUGCUGAGAUCACAGCCGAGUAACAAAUUGGCACAGGAUUUCUAGAUCAUGAGAGUUUUCAUGUGCAUUUUUAAAAAAAUAAAUACUACGUUUCUAACUAUGAAGGCUGUAAAUAUACAUGUAAAAGCAGCAUGCCAACAAAAUCUCUAUGUGACAGAGCAGAGGGCAGGGGGGGCGAGCAAGGCCUGAGAAACAGAAUUAAAAUAA